UGAAAAUUCGUUGAGUUCCAUUUACCAGAAGAUCGAGAGUUGUCUUUCUCAUUUCGUGCUGCACAAAAGCAUAAAUAGCGCUUACAGCAGACAACCAGUACGAACGAAACGUUUGAAAAUCUAUGUUUAUCCUCCGCGACCACCGACCUUGCUGCUCCAUCGCCACUGCGUUUCCGCUCGCCGCUGUUGUCGCUUGCGCGCAGGCCUUAUGAACUGCAAAAGUACUUAUCGUACUAUAGUAUAAAUUGCAAUACAAAUUUCCUCAGCAUGAGAAAUAAAAUUUGUAAUGCAGAUUUGCCUUCGGAGCAAGAUUUGUAAUGCAAGCCUUGCAUUUAUACGAGUGCGAUACUUUUGCACAGGAUUGGCCUUCUUCGUUGCCGCAACCAGUGAAGAGUUCGAUUGGCAAGGCGGCAGCGAUGCAGACCUAUUUGGCGGUGGUGCAAGAGAGAUCGCAACCAAACUCGAAGAAAUCCCACACCAGUACUUGCACAAGAGGAAACAUCAUCACCGAAAAGCCGCGAAACAACUGGUAGCAGCGGCUGCGAGCGACGUGGAUCCACUACAAAAACAUGGAGGCCGAGGUGAACAUCUUGAUGGUCUUGCCAGGGGUGGUGGAGAAAACGAAGGAGUGCAGAAUGUAGGAGGAUCUCUAUCUCGCCAAGCGACGCCGCUUUCCGCUGUCGCUUCGAUCGAGUCGGAAGCGAGGAAUGAAGCGAAAGCAUCUACUGUCGGACGAGAUCACAGUACAACCGGAGACCCUGGCACAGCCGAAGAUAUCAAAACCCUGCGUGCGCAGGGUACAGAGCUGGCAAAGGUACUGUAGAUUUGUGGAGCUGUGCGGCUUCUGCUUCUAACAUUACGUUGUUUUCAGGCAGAAGAAUUUCAUUAUUUUGUGAAAAGCAAACGCAAAUCCAAUCGGAAAAAACAGGAUGACGCCGCGUAUCUUCAAAGCUUGGACGCGUCGCGCGCCCAGUCUUCCGGUGCGGCGGACGACGAGGAUUUGUUGGCUUCGAUGGAGCGUAUUGAGCGUAUCGCCGAGGCGGUCACGAAGCGUGCGGAUCAAGUGCUAGACCGAUACAGCAUAUCUCCUUCGGACGCCGACGGACUAACUGGCGAUCCCUUUUUUGACCAGGAUGGGAAUGAGUGGGUCGACGAUUCGGUCUGGCACGACAGCUACAACAGUUCCUGGAAAGACGUGAACACGACUGUGAGCGUGCCCGGCAACGCCACGUGCGAAUCCAUCCUCGACCUGCUAAAGGGUUCUUUAGGGUCGGGCGCGAGCGUCAUCCUGGAUAACGUAGUGUGCACGGCGGUCGACGCGAACAAGACGGCGAACUCGAAUUCCACCGCGAAUGCAACUACAGCCAAUACAACGAGUAACGAAACAAACUCUAGCAACGCAUCUUCUACGAGUGGAGGAAACGCGACAGGCAACUCUUCAAAUUCAUCUUCAAACUCGUCGAGCGGAAAUUCCUCAAAUUCUUCUGCCGCUUUCGCCGCACUGGUCAGCAGCUUUCUGGAGGCAUCCGCGGGGACACGACAUCUGGGAGAUGAUGCAUCAGGUUCGUGUUUUUUUUAAAACGUGCGCACUUUUGGUUUUUAGCAAUAGCAAGUGACUUUCCUUUCAGACUGAAAGGCUUUCAGUGUAACCUCACCGUUUUGCCGCUGAUGACCUAUCAUGUCGCACAUCAUCAGUCUCGGUCUCACUGUGUGUGCUCUUUCUCUUCGUCGACGAUCGGUUUAAAUUGCAGCGGCAUUCCAGAACACUAUCUGAAUCUGAAUUCCGAUGAAGAUUCUGUUUAUUUUACCCAACAAUUAUGAGGUCGUGGCGAAUCUUCCGGUGACGAUGAAAAACAAAAAGAGUUCCAGCUGCGUUUUCGAGUUCCAGCAAAAACUAGUGCGGACGCGCUGCGAUACGUCUCGAAAGCGCUGCAGAAAUUGAAGAAGAAAGCGUCUCGGGCGACGACGCACGACAACCGGAAUAAACGCGAUGACGAGAAUGAUAAGGGCAAAGAUCUUCGUGGUUCACAGCGUUCCGCGAGUUCUUUCCUUGUUGACCCGAUUAAAGACGUGAACGACGCACUGCAGGCCGCGGAAGACGUGAACAUCACAAGCAGCUUACAAGCGACAACCACGGUCGCAGGGAUAACAGCCUCCUCUGGAACCGAAACCACAACAAGCACCUCAACUUCGACAACUACCUCUAUCAGCACGUCGACCACGACCUCGACAACAAGCUCAACAACUUCAACCACCACAACGGAAGACGCUACCGCGGGCUUGCUGAGCAGCGGUGAGGAAGCGAGUCUCGCGGAAGUGUUGCGAUCUUUGGAUCGUGCGAAGGCGGAGAUUGAAGACGCAAGUCGAAAAAGUCAAGUAGAUGACGCCUCGUCCUCCUCCUCGAGCAGUGACGACGAUGAUCUGCUGAGCCAAGAGAACAAGGACUCCGGAACGGUCGAGGUUUUACACGACACCACCACGGGCCCACCGAACGAUGUGUUGAGCGUUGCGGGAAGCCAAGUCGCUCCCAACAUGGUCGCAAAUUCAACGAGGACAACGACCACGAGCCCGGCGAAUGACCUUGUCACCAUCGCCAGCCAGAACGAUAACAGCAAUGUGGCUUCGAAGAACGAGAACUCUACAAGCAGCUCCCUGUUGGACGACUUGGAUUUGCCACCCCAUACGGACGCACCGCUUCCGGAGCCGGGUGAUCUUUCGUAUCGGGACUUGCCUCCGCAUACGGACGCGCCACUUCCCCAACCGGACUACCAAUUACCGCCCCACACCGAUGCGCCCCUGCCGCUGCCGCCGCCUGAUGACCGUACAACUCACGUGGUGCAGCGAGAGCACGCUGUUGCAAAGUUUUCUUUAUUGGAGCGUGGGCCUGUUUUUCCAUCAGAUUUUUCCGAGGAAACAGAUUUCGGCGCCGGCGGUCAAGAAAAUGUGCAAGGUACAGCGGCAGCCGAUAGGACGCUGGCUGCUGGGACUGCCGGUUUUUUCGAAACCAAUGACGCGACCGGUUCUCAAGGGCUAUCAAUGCACGAGUCCAGAGCGGCAGACUUUGAUUCGCCAUCAUUAAUUCCAGAAAACGACGGUAGUGAAGAACCUGAACGGCUCCGCCAUGACAAUACGCGGCAGCGACAUUUUCGGAAUGUGCCGAACGGCGGUUGGCAUGAGCACUGGAUGAGAAAUCCGCACGGACACGAGGAGGCUUACGAGUACAUUCCUUUACCGCACGAGGGUCGUGACGCGGACCCGGCAAUGUGGUCGCUCAUGACUGCGACUGAGAACAACGACGGGGACCCGACUACAGCGCGGCGCUCCGACUCAACACCGGAGACAGAGGAGACCGCGGCGGGCGGAAUGCAUUCGAGAGGUGAAGAGGAUCAUGAUGAUGGCGACGGUGAUGCUGAACCAGGGCACGUUUCUGCUGUGGGAGGUGCUGCCCAGAGAUUCCGGGCAAGUCGUAGUGGACCUGACGCCGACGACCGUUACUCCGCCGCACAGCUGCAUUCGCACCAAAGAUCACACAAGCCGGCACGAAAAGUCGUUCGGAGUUUGAAGGUCGGAGCCAGUAGCCACGACUCGACGGCGACGCAGGACUUUGAGGGCAAUGAUUACGAUCGAGACGGGCGACGUGUUGAGGAUGCACCAGAUGAAGGUCAUUCGUCUAGCGACGACAAUCAGAAAACCGACAAUUAUGUCAGCACAAAUGGUUCGUCGUCGGAAAAAUCAUCACCAGAUGAAGAAGAUGCACAGCAAUCUCCUGAAGAUGAGAAUGCGGUUUCGCCGCAUCUGAUGAAGCUCAACCUGGAUGCCGAAGCUCUCGUGGCAAUGACGGACGACUGCCUCCAUCGGUUGUCCAGUGUGGUACAGCAGCGCGACGGAGGUGGAAAAACAGCUGAAGGCAGCAAAGCGCAGUCCUUCCUUGAUCCAAAGUCGAAUCCUUACAACCAGGGUGGCGCAGCGAAUGGUCUACUUUCGAAUGACGACGAGGACAUCAGUUUGGGCCCACUACCGGGCGAGUUUGGCACGCCACGGUCUGCUCCAUCAGAACUGGCUGCGCAACCUGCACGAGGAGAGGGGGGUGUACUUGCAGCUCCAGGCGGAGGCGCGGAUGGCGGGGCAAAUUCGAUUUCGUCACAAGAAACAGCACAGCCUCAACCAGGCGAUCCUGGCGUGAAGCAAGAGGUAUCGACGAGCUUCUUGGAUACUGAAAACAAAAGUCCCGUGGACCGGGUUGCGGGGGCUCUGACUGGUCUGCCACCGGGCGGUCUCGCACAGAUGCCGCAACCGACUUACUUCGUAGCCCCCAGCGUCAGAGGCGGAGCAGGAGGCGGUGACUACUACAAUACUGGCUUUGCUGGGGGUAGCGCGGUGGCUCCUGUAUCACCCCCAGUCGGUCAAGGUGCAGCGGUAGAAAACUAUGGCCCUGUUUUUCCUCCGCCCCCGAUGCAGAUGCCGAGCGGGCUACCGAACGCGCCCUACGAUCCGUACUACGAAGCUUUUCAGUAUCCGAAUCCAUACGAAGUUGCUCCUUAUCCAGAAGAUGAUUACCCGCCGGGGGUAGAUCUAGGUCAACCACAAACAGGAGAGCCAGGAGGUCCUUCCGGUACGGAUGGCGGUGGAGCAGGUGGUGAUGAAACACAGUCAUCCUGGCAGGCCCAGUCGCAAAUACCUGCAGAUGGAAAUAUUGAUGGCGCAGAUGGUGCGCAAACAGAUGAAAUUCCAUUGGACGAGUCAGAAACUGAUGCACCACGACCCGCGGAGCAUGCUCGAAGUUCUGUCCAUGGCGCGCUGAGCUUCUUGGAAAUUGAAGCGGAAGCGGGUGGUCAUGCGAAAUUGGAGGUAACAGCAAACGAUACACAACAUCACAAAAAAUCGUUGCUUCGUGGCGGGCACGCUGUUGCGGUAAGCCACGGACUACAGAGCGGGGGCAAAAAUAGUAGCCCUACGAGUAGAAAAAAGGCAAAAGACACGGCUGCUUCGUCAGUAUCGAGAAUAAUCCCCUCAAUGCAAAAGUCUGUAGGAAAGGAAGAACCUGAACCACACUCCGAUCGCCCGUCUUCGCACCGAGGAACAGGUGCAACUCUAGAACGGAUACCGAAGACGCUUCAGCAGCAACCGCAACCGCUGCAGCUCGUACGCCGGGAGCAGAGCUUACUGCAUAAUCAAGACCAGACAUUGACGAAAACUACAUCACUCCAAAAGACGAAUCGCAAAAACGAAAAGUGGGUUGCGCCGCCAGCCGCCUGGUCGGGCACCGGUGCUGCGCCGAACGGUGGUGGAACGAGCUAUGCUACGACGGGCGAGGCUACUUCAUCCAACCAGAACCAGAACGCUGCGGCUCGAACAGCUCGUGGCAGGAACUACUACCCACCGCCGCCGAUGGGUGGCACUAUGAUGGUGGAUCCAUAUACGGGACAGCCCGUUCAGCAGCCCCAGCCCAUGAUGCAACAGCCAAUGAUGGUCGAUCCAUACACCGGGCUGCCGGUACAGCAGCAACAGCAGCCGCCCAUGAUGCAGCAACCGAUGCAACAGCAGCAGCCGUAUUACAGCGGCCAACCCGCAGCUGCACCUGUGGGUACACCGGGCGGAAACUACUACUCGUCAACUGGUCAAUCCUCGUCGGUCACCGGGGGCGCUUACGGCGGGUACACGGACCCGGUUACCGGGUUGACGGACCCAUUUCUCGGCAGUCCCGGGGAAAAUUCGGCGUCGUGGGGACCCGGCGGUUGCGCGCAGUUCUUGCUUUUCGUCAUCAUCGUCGUUCUCCUGUGUUGCUUCUGCGCCAACUACGCCGAGACCAUCAACGCGAACAUUGCCCCGCACCUCGGCGGCAGCAGCAGAAGACGAGACCGCAGCGAUGACGAGUCCGACCGUGGGGGUGGUCGCAGCGGGAGCGGGCGGAGACGAAGAGGGCGCGACGAUUCCGACUCCGAUCCCGGGGGUCGGAUGGGUCAUGGACGCAGCCGCGAUAGGGCGGCACAGGACAACAAUAAUUCCCCGGCUUCUCGGCUCCAGCAGUCGCAAAAUGUAGUGAACGCACAGCAGAUGCAGCAGCAGGCCGUAAACUACAGUCAGCCGCAACUACUGCAGCAGCAAGCGCUGGCCGAUCCGAACUACGGAGCUACCUACGAUGCUGGUGGUGGUGUUGCAGCCUCGUCGAGUGCACCUGCACCUCCAGGAGCGGGCGGUGGUGCUGGUGCGGUUCCGCAAAGCCAGCCGCAGUAGCAGUGGUGAAAAUUAGAAAUGCUUCAUUGAAGAUAUCUAAUCUACUGCGAACUGUAGAAGCACGAGAAUACAGAAGAAUUUUAUUGGGUGCGUUUCUCCAGAGCACAUCCAAGAUGCUGAAGCCUUGCAGAACUACCACUAGCGCCAGGAAAAAUAGUGCAUUCUCCUGAGUGUGUCCUUUAGAAAUCCGUGUCGGUUUCUGUUUCUUGUUCGCAAACUGAGGGAUAGAAUGCGAUAUACAAAAAGGCGAAGCAAAAAUCAAAAGACACAGAAGUCAAUGAGUUUCCAAAAAGAUUCAUUAACUCGGCCGUACUGCAAAGGGUCCUGAUGUUCCAAACCAACAUCGUAUUUAUUCGAGUUUGAUAUGAAGACCCCGAACUGCGAUUCGUAAACGUAAUUUCCGGCUGCUACGAAAAUAUGCAGUUGCAGACAUGAAAAAACGUCAACGUAUGGGCACAUUGAAAAGUAUGUACUUCGU